AUGACAGUGGACGACGAGGCGGAGAACGGCAACGUCUACGCUACCUUCGCCGAUCUCAUGAAACUCCAACGCUUUGACGACAACACCUUUCAAUCCCUUACCAAAGCCUUUUCUCCUGGAAAUGAAACCACGGCUUAUGGAGGCCAUGUCUUUGCUCAGGCGGUUUGGGCUGCUGCUCAGACAGUCAGGGAGGGAUUUGUGGUUCAUAACGUCACUGGCUGGUUUACAAUAGCCGGCAACACCGCGCAACCGUUCGUGUAUACCGUCCGCAACAUUAGAGAUGGCAAGCUGUUCUGCACUCGCGCCGUCGAUGCAUCCCAAGCACGGGGAGUCUGCUUCACAUGCACCUGUUCCUUCAAACGCAGCGAGUCCAGUCCAAUCUUUCACCAGGAGCCCAUCGACCUGUCGAAGCAAUACGCACUAGGCCAGAAGAAGCCCGAGGACUGGCCAGAGGCGCCUGGUGUCGACUCUCCCUGGUUCUGGGAAGCCGUCGUAGCCAACGGCGACAACUACCCCUUCCCCGGCCUCUCAAUCCGCAAGGUCGACAUGACUUCCUACAAUCAAGACCGUCCACCUACUGCGCGCCGUCAACUCCAGUAUUACUCCGCCAUCGGCCCGCUCCCACCGCUCGGCUCAGCACCAAACCUCCACGCCUGCGCUCACCUCUACGCCUCCGACCGCAACUCCGACUUCGUCAUCACGAACCACCUCGACGUCGGCAACGACUUCACGCACAUGGCGAGUCUGAGCCACUCCGUUGUUUUCCACUCAGAACCCGAGGCGCUGGGCAUGGUGGAUGCGCACGGGAAGCCGCGGUGGUUCUGCCAGGAGGCGAGGAUGACGAGGGCGGGGGGGAAUAGGGGUAUGCAUGAGAGCAGGCUGGUUGAUGAGGGGGGAGUGCAUGUGGCGACGACGUGGCAGGAUGCGUUGGUUAGGUUUGGGGGCAGGAUGGGUACGGUGGAGGAGUUGGCGGAGAGGCUGAGGGCGAAGUUGUGA